AUGCCUUUGAGAACCACUGCUUUAGAGGACCAGGCUUUGGAGGAUCAGUCGGGGUACCAAGAAGAUGAGGAAUCAUUUUUUCAAGACAUUGAGCUCUUACAGAAACAUGGAAUUAACAUGGCUGACAUUAAGAAACUGAAGUCUGUAGGCAUUUGUACUGUGAAAGGCAUCCAGAUGACCACACGCCGUGCUCUCUGUAAUGUAAAGGGACUGUCUGAGGCUAAAGUUGACAAAAUAAAGGAAGCCGCUGGAAAAUUGCUGAUAUGUGGAUUUCAGACAGCGUCUGAAUACAGUAUAAAAAGGAAGCAAGUGUUCCACAUCACAACAGGCAGUCUGGAGUUUGACAAACCCCUAGGAGGAGGUGUGGAGAGUAUGGCCAUUACCGAGGCUUUUGGUGAAUUCAGAACUGGAAAGACUCAACUCUCUCAUACACUGUGUGUAACCGCUCAGCUUCCUGGUGAAUAUGGGUACACAGGAGGAAAGGUCAUCUUCAUCGAUUCUGAAAACACCUUUCGGCCUGAUAGGCUAAAGGACAUAGCUGACAGAUUCAGUGUGGAUCAUGAAGCUGUACUGGAUAAUGUGCUAUAUGCACGUGCAUAUAGUGAGCAUCAGAUGGAACUGUUAGACUUUGUUGCAGCCAAGUUCCAUGAGGAAGGAGGUUUCUUCAAGCUUCUGAUAAUAGACUCAAUCAUGGCUCUGUUCCGGGUGGACUUCUCUGGAAGGGGUGAGCUGGCUGAGAGACAGCAGAAGCUUGCACAGAUGCUCUCCAGACUGCAGAAGAUCUCUGAAGAGUACAACGUUGCCGUGUUUGUUACCAACCAGAUGACUGCAGAUCCAGGAGCUGGAAUGACAUUUCAAGCGGAUCCCAAAAAGCCCAUUGGUGGACACAUACUGGCACAUGCCUCCACCACACGCAUCAGCAUGAGGAAAGGACGUGCUGAAUUGAGAAUUGCCAAAAUAUUUGAUAGCCCAGACAUGCCGGAAAACGAGGCUACUUUUGCCAUCACAGCUGGAGGAAUAGCAGAUGCCAAAGACUAA